AUGACGGACAACAUUGAUCGCCCGUUGGAAAUUGUCAUUGUCGGGGCAGGCAUUGCUGGCCUUGCUGCAGCGCUUGGACUACGCAAAGAAGGGCAUCAAGUGACACUUCUCGAAAGAUCAGAGCUGGCCAAGGAAGUCGGCGCCGCCAUCCACAUCGCCCCAAAUGCACAUGGCUUGCUCAGAGAACUCGGGGUGUAUCCUGAGACGUUUGGUGCAAAUCCAGUCCAUGGACUUACUGAGUAUGAUGCGAAAAACGGAGCUCUUCGCAUGUCCGUGGACUUGAGAGAGCAAUUGAAAAUCUGGCAGCAUCCUUGGGUCUUGUCACAUAGAGUCCUGCUUCACGAGGCACUAAGAGAGCACAGUAUCUCGCCUGAAGGGACUGGCCCUCCCGCUAUUCUGAAGACUUCGGCAAAAGUCACCCACAUUGACCCUGAAACCGCGACAGUCACUCUAGAGGACGGAUCUCAAGUAUCUGGGGACUUGGUUCUGGGAGCUGAUGGGGCCAGCUCUAAUGUUCUGCAUCAGUCAGUUUCUAGGGGAGUGGUUGCUGGAGAAACCUUGAAGCCAUUCGCAUCUGGAAAGAGUGCCUUUAGAUUUAUGAUACCAUGCAACGAAAUAUUGUCCGAUUCUGAAGCUGCUACUCUAUUCAAGGAAGGAUACUUGUGCCUUUGGAUGGCUGAUGACAGAAGGCUAGUCAUGUAUCCCUGUUCCAACAAUACGAUCAUGAACUUCGUCGGUAUUCACCCUAGCUGUCUCUCUGAGACAAAGAGAGAAGAUGGUAAAACUUUCAUUAUCCAUCAGUCCCAAAUAUCUACUGACUUAGAUGUUUUAGGCUGGGAUAAUGGGGCAAGCAAGGAGGCCUUGCUUAAAGUGUAUGAAGAAUUCGGGCCACAGGUUCAAGCAUUGCUCAAGCUUGCAGACGCUUCCUCUUUAAAGAUUUGGACUCUUCUAGAUAUGGAUCGAAUCCCAAGAUGGUUCAAAGGAAAACUUGCUCUUCUUGGUGACGCUGCUCAUCCAUUUCUACCUCGAUCUGUGGCUAUCGAGGACUCUGCUUCACUUAUCGCACUGCUUCCAAGGGGAACCAACCCAGCAGACCUUCCCCAACGGUUAGCUCUGUACCAAAGGAUAAGAGAUAAAAGAGCUCAUGAUAUCCAAGAGUUCACCCGUCGGAUGGGUGCUGAUAUAAACGAUGAAACUCGAGGCAAAAUGAACAUCAUGGAAUUCGUGAAUUACAACUAUGGCCAUGACGAGUUCCACAAUUCCAGACAUGAGUUGAAGAAACUAUUGAGCUCCAUGAAUGGGCCUACGUAUCUUCGCCAGCCAAUUGCUUUUGGUCCGUCCCCCAGCCCGAGGCAAGAUCACUUUGGACGAACCUAUUCUUCGGAAGAUGCGACAUUUACAACCUACACGAUCAGAUUUAAAACUUCGGCGACAUAUUUGAAGAAUUUGUUCCCAGAAGGUGUUUUCAGCUUUGAAUCGCCGGGUACUGUUGCAGAGGCAACCCUCCGCGCGACCGAGCUACAUAAUCUACCAUGGCUAGGCGGCGGUGGCUACUGCUUCGUUGGACUAUGGAUCCACGGAGUCCAACACGUGAAGAAGGAUGGCACAAAAGUCUUGGGGUCCUUUAUCCCCUUUCUCUUUGAGAAUUUGUCUGAUCCCAUCCUCACCGGAAGAGAUGAGUUGGGAAUGCCAAAAUUACACUGCGAUAUCGAAAUAAGGAAAAACUCUGGUCGGACAAAGAUCUUUUGUGCUUGGAGGGGUGCUGAAUUCCUCAGCAUGACUCUAGGCUCUGCCCCGGCUGGACCAAACGGUGUGAUUCCCAAUGGUGACGAAGAGGCUUCAAAGCACGAGUCGGAGGGCAAUCAAUUUGUUUACCGAUACGUGCCUUCGGUGGGAAAACCUGGAGAGGCUGAUGCUGAAUAUCCGGUAAUCAUCCCCAAGCCUACCAAUUCUCCAACGGUUGUCAAUCGGACGAGGCAUGGAGAUACGAAAGAUUCUGGCAUUGAAUUUACGCCAGGAGAUUCGGAAACAUUCCCCACUAUCCACCACAUUACUUCGUUCUUGGCUGCCAUACCUAUUUCAAACAUUCUUGAGACAAAGACUGUUGAAGGAAGAGGCUUGGACGAUCUUUCAAGGGUUCAAAGGUUGCAAUAG